ACUGAAGCUACUGUACGGUAGCUAGCUGGCCAGAACUAGCGAGGCCCUUCAUUCGGAGAAUCGAAUCAAUCUCCACGCCAGGCAUAACCAUCGUGGUUCCCCCAAAACUAUCCAUGACUGAACUCUCCCUCCUGAGCCAACCAUUCAAAACACAACCCCCACAAGUAAGUUUGCUGCUGCUGCCAACAACAACUACGACCACAACAACAAACUAUCGAAGUGGCUAUCCUACUGAAUAGCUAGCUAGUGAAAGCAAAGGACCGUACCUGUAACUUAGUCAAGAUGGGCGGAUCAGGAGCCAAGAACCGGCGCAAGCAGCAGCGGCAACAAGAGCAAGUUGAAGGCCAGAGUGGUGGAGAGCUUGUGAGUGAAAAUCCCGAGAGAAGAAGCAAGCCACGAGAAAAAUUUCGGAAAUCUUUCGAGAAAACAGCCACAACAACAACAAAUCGGCGUGGCCAACAAGACGGAACGUUUGGAAAUCGAAACAGCAAUGGCAAAAGGACUCAUGAUCAUCAUGGCAGCAAGAAGCGGAACCACAACCACUCAUCAGCCCAAGAAGAAACGAUCAAAAAGAAGAAGAAACAAAAGAAAAUCCAAAAGCCCAAACACUUGAAACGCAAGCUAGAAAAUGCAGCAGAAGAUGACAAUCUCAAGCAACAGCUGGCACAAGAACUACAGGACUUUGAACGCCAAAAAUCGUCGCGACAACCCAAGAAAAAGACCCAGAGCAAUGGUAACACGAAUACUACUACAACUAAUAGUGACUCUACUGCGACUCCUACAGUUGAUGAGAACACAGAGCCAGCGAAGCAUCAUGUGGAGGAGGACUUUCCAAGAUCACCGAGCACUGCCACCGAUAAGGCAAAAUCCAAACCACCAGAGAAGAAACCUGAUAGGCCGAUUGCAAACAAGCCUGAGAAACAGAAGAAACAGCCACAAGCAAAUGAUGCACCUGCAUCUUCAGGCAAGAAACAAGCGUCCAAUACAUCCAAGAAACAAGAGUCCAACAAGGCUGCAGAACAGAAAAAACUGCCACAAACAAAGGAUAUGCCUGCUUCCUCAGCCAAGAAACAAGAAUCCAAUACGUCCAAGAAACAGGAAUCCAAUAGUGCUGGUGGUGAUGAUUCGUCGUCAUCCUCAUCCGAUGAUGAUGGCAGCGACCAAGAAAAUGAGGACGAAACACCCGAACAAUCCGCGCAGCAGAGAACUCGUGGUAGACGUCGAAGAGGACGAAAGAGCACUUCACAACAGUUGCAAGAACAGAAAGAAGAGGAAAAUGAACAACAACAAGCAGACACCAAGUCGUCCGACGAAGCCAAGAAAGAUGCUACUUCCAAACGCUACUGCGUGGGCCGCAAACCCGUCACGGACUAUGCAAUUGGAAAAUCCUAUCCCGCCAAAGUCGUGUACAUGAAACCCUUUGGAGUCUUUUUCGACAUUGGAUGUCAUUCCGACGCCUUUUGUCACGUAUCACGGUUGAGCGACGACUAUGUGGAAUCACCGGAACAGCUCUUUCAAGAAGGGGAUUCCGUGCCGGCCGUUCGGAUCGUCGAGUUGGAUCGCAGAGCCAAACGCAUCACGGUGAGUCUGCAAUCUCAAGCACGCGUAGACGAUGAACGAGCGUCCAUGGAUGCCAGGCGAAAACGAAGGGAAAAGAUCAAGUUGUCCAAGUCGUCGUCAACGACCAAGCGAUCGACUGCAACCAGAGACGCCGAUACAUUGUCGAAUCACACCACCAGAGGAUCAUUCGAUCUUGAUGAUUCCAAUCAGUAUGAAGAUGAACCGUCUCCCCCCAAGAAACAGAAACGAGACGGCACUGCCACCAAGAGUGAAACACAGUCCUCCUCAGGUCCGCUGACACCGAGCAAACCAGAAUCAGAAAUGACACCUGCCGAGUUGAAACGGGCGAGAAAGAUUGCGCGAAGAGCCGCACGGAGAGAACAAAGUGAGAAACAAGUGGAGUAAAAUGAGGCAGUCAUGUUGUAGUACCGGUACUAAACAAGGCGGAUCAAAGAUUUUAAUGAGCGAUUCGAGUCGAGUGUUGGUCGCCACGGAUGGUUGAGUAUCAACCUCCCCAGGGGCGGCAACCACUGGCAAAUUUUGUGCGAUUCUGGUGGUCCGAGUUCUUGGGAAACUGAAGAGAUGUGCCGUAUAAAUCCGUUGUCUUCCCCGGGAACCCCAAUAUUAUGUAAAGCCCCAUCUCCGACAUCUCUAGCUACUGUAGCUAGCUACCGGGUACUAGAGUAGCGGCUGGAUAAUAAUAGUUGGCUACCGGUAGCUAGAGCUAGAGAGAGGUAGAUGCCGUAACAGUAAUAGCCCAUCUUCCUGCAAAAUCUUCUCUUCAAGUGGAACCACAGCACCCAACCUGGACACUGCC